AUGGAACCAGAACCGUCCCCUUCGGCUCUCCUCGAGGCUAUCACAGCCCUCACAGCCACUGUCGGGUCCCUACAGGACCAAAUCCAAGCCCAGAGCCAACAAAUUGCGGAGCUCAGGGCCAUAUGCAAGGAGACCGCAGACCUCCUCGGGGACAAAGACCAAGGAGCAACCCAAGCCAAGCCUGGCCCAUUGACUGGGCCUGUCACUCCUCCCACCCACUCGGGAGGAGAAGCCCACACUCCAGGCACGGUUAGGCCUGGGCUCAAGGCCCCGUUCCGGCCCUCAAGAGGAACGGGAUUUGAUUCUGAAGAGGACGAAGAACCAAGACACCCAAAAAAGGAGCCUCAGGGAACGCCUAGAAGGCACCUCGGGUCCCUCACCCCCUUCAAUGCUGGGUCCAGCGUAAAACGGCCCAAGAUGGAUCUUCCCGACCCCUAUAAGGGUGAUACCAGGGGUCGAAAGGCCACUCAGUGGCUAGAUCGAAUGAUGCUAUGGGUAGCUCUCCAUCGCGAUCAAUUUGACGAGGAAGAGCAGAUGGUCGUGUGGAUUUUGUACCACAUGACAGACAAGGCCGCAGACUGGGCCCUCCCCAUCAUUGGGAGCAUCAUCAAGGGCAAGGGUAACCCCCCUACCACCAUCCAGGCUCUAACAGCCAAAUUCAAGGAGGCCUUUGCCGACCCCGACGCCAAACGGGCAGCCGCCAGAAAAAUUGCGGUUCUCUCCCAAUCCACCACUACCUCCGAGUAUGUCACAGAGUUCCGCAACCUCAUGGCGGAGCUAGACUGGAACGAGGAGGCCUACAUUGCGCAGUUCACGCGGGGCCUCCACUGGAAGGUCAAGGAACUGCUAUCUACCAAAGAUAGCAUCCCUGACGAGCUUGAAGCCAUCUUUGCGGCGGCAAUUAAAAUUGACAAUAUCCGCCGCGAAAAUGAGGAGAAUCGCCCUAAAAAGGCACCAGUCAAGUCCUUGGCCACCGUGGCCACCUCCACAACCACCACCAGGGUCCGCCUAUCCGAGGACCCUAAUUAUGUCACCCCGGAGGAACAAGACCGCCGCCGCGCAGCAGGGCUAUGCGUUAAAUGCGGACAAAAGGGACAUGGAAUCAAACAGUGUCCCAACGGCUGGAAAGCUACAAUCAAAGAGGUUGCCAAGCCCCCGACUCCAAAAAAGGACAUUGUAGAUACUUGCGUAGAAUUUGUUUCUGUCGGACUCGAUUCUAAUAAAAAACCGCUGUUAUUCAUUGAUCUACACAUCCAAAACUCCCAGGCAGAACCCGUCAAAACCCUUAUAGACUCCGGCGCUACCUCCAAUUUUAUAUCCCCCGCUCUUGUAGAAAAGCUCAAAAUCCCAAAAACCCUACUCGAAAACCCACGAGUAGUGAGAAUGUUAGAUGGUACAAUAUCUCAGACUGGUCGCAUAUGGCACCAGGUUCAACUCGCGGUCUCGGCCAAUGGCCAUAUCCACUCCAUCCCUUUCCUCGUUUGCCCCAUUGGCAACACCUUGGCUAUACUAGGCAUGACAUGGCUCACUGCAGAAUCCCCGCUCAUAGACUGGCAACAGGGUCUAAUCACGUUCCCAGAGCAAGUUCAGAUUGCCUCAGAAGAAGAAGCAGACCUGGACCCUCUAGCAGACCUCCCCACUCAAUAUCACAAAUUUGCUAGAGUAUUUGGCGAAGAGGAGUUUAAGGUCCUCCCUCCACAUAGGGAGUACAACAUCUCAAUUGACCUCACUCCUGAUGCCAAACUCACGCCAGGCCCAAUCUACGGCAUGACCGAUGCGGAAUCUAAGGCACUAAAGCAACAUAUUGAGGAAGAACUAGCCACAGGCAAGAUUCGCCCCAGUACUUCAUCAGCAGGCGCCCCGGUAAUGUUUGUAAAGAAGGCAGAUGGCUCCCUACGACUGGUUGUGGACUACCAAAAGUUAAAUGAGGUUACCCACAAAAACGUCUACCCGCUACCAAGGCAAGAUGACCUCAUGGCUAAACUUAGGCACGCCAAGAUCUUCACAAAACUAGAUCUACGAUGGGGAUACAAUAACGUCCGGAUCAAGGAAGGAGAUGAGUGGAAGACGGCCUUCAGAACUAAGUACGGGCUAUUUGAAUACCUAGUAAUGCCCUUUGGGCUUACCAAUGCCCCGGCCGCUUUCCAGCACUUCAUGAACGAUCUGUUCAGAGACCUCAUUGACAUCACCGUGGUUAUCUAUUUGGACGAUAUCCUGAUCUUCUCAGAGGACCCCAAGGACCACCCAAACCAUGUCAGGGAAGUCCUAUCACGACUAAUGAGGAAUCAGCUAUUCUGUAAACUCUCCAAGUGCCACUUCCAUGUCACCACGGUAGAUUAUUUGGGUAUUGUCAUCUCCCCGGCAGGUUUUUCCAUGGAUCAGAAGAAGAUCAAGGCGGUCACGUCAUGGCCAGUCCCCAAAACAGUCAAACAGGUUCAGGCUUUCCUAGGAUUCGUCAACUAUCUUAGACGGUUCAUUCCCAAUUUCAGCUUGGUUGCACGCCCCCUCCACAACCUCACCAAAAAGGAAACCCCCUGGUCAUGGGGUAACCCAGAAGAGGAAGCAUUCCAGGAGUUGAAACGCCUAGUUACUUGGUCACCAGUGCUUAUCCAUUCCAAUCCUAGUCUCCCCUACUACCUUGAAACAGAUGCGUCAGGGGUAGCCAUGGGAGCAAUCCUUAGUCAAAGAGGGGAGGAUAACCGUUUACACCUAGUAGCCUAUAUGUCGAAAUCCUUCUCUGGUGCUGAGGCCAAUUACAACACCCAUGACAAGGAACUCCUAGCUAUCAUCAAAGCCCUAGAGGAGUGGCGUAUCUUCUUAGAAGCAACGGACAAACCCAUACAGGUGUUCACGGAUCAUCGAAAUUUGGAGUAUUGGAUGCAGGCCAGAACCUUCAAUCGCAGGCAUGCCCGAUGGCGCAUAUUCUUGAGCAACUUCAACUUCGAGAUCCACUACCAACCAGGGAAACAGUUGGGUAAACCAGAUGCAUUGUCCAGGCGAGCAGACUAUGUCGACAACCCCUCUGAACCAGAAGUCAUGCUCCCCGCAGAAGUCUUUGCCAACACGUCAGAAGAAGAACUGGAAAUUGUCACGGAAAUCCGCACCAAGCUUAGGGAAGACCCAUCCCUUGAGCCCAUCAUCCAAUUCCUCACAGAAGAUGCGGACAACGCUCCUCCUUCCAUUCGUAAGGCAUACAGAGAUUAUGACUGGGAAGAGGACCUUCUAUGGUACCGAGGGAAACUAGUAGUCCCAGACUCAGAGCCCCUGAAAGAACGACUGCUCAAGGAAUUCCACGAUUCCCCACUGGCAGGCCACCCAGGACAACAAAGGACACUGGAAUUAAUCAACAGGUCUUACUGGUGGCCCGGUAUGAAGUCUUCAGCUAAGGAGUGGGUCGAAUGCUGCCCAAUAUGCCAAGCCAAUCGACGGGCUCACGCACCAACCAUUGCCCUCAAACCUUUAGAAGUACCCCCGUUCCCUUUUCAUACCAUCUCAUACAAUUUCAUCACGGGCUUCCCUAAGUCAAACGGGCACAAUGCAAUAUUAGUAGUCAUUGACUCCUUCUCGAAGUUUGGACACUUCAUCCCAACCACAAAGAAGGUCACAGCCAAGGGCCUUGCCGACUUGUUCAUUAGUCAUGUCUGGAAACUACACGGAUUACCGGUCAAAACCAUCUCGGACCGGGGAACAACGUUCACAGGGAAAUUCCUAAGAGCUCUGUACCAAUGUCUUGGAGUCAAACCAGCCUUCUCCUCAGCCUACCACCCAGAAUUGGACGGCCAAACAGAAAGGGUGAAUCAGUUCAUAGAAUUCUACCUCAGAUCAUAUGUUGCUGCCAACCACUCGGACUGGGCUACCUGGUUACCGCUAGCAGAAUACGCCUACAAUAACGCAAAGCACUCCGCCACCGGAAGAACCCCUUUUGAAUUGGUUUAUGGGAGAAACCCCGUCAUGAAUCCAUCUAACGUUCCUGCCAACGUCCCAGAAGCCGAUCAGGUGGCCGACACACUAGCCAGAGAAUGGCAAGAGGCGGAAUCAGCACUCAGAAUGACCAAGGAACGUAUGACAGGCACAAAAGGAGUGGUACCAAGAUAUUCUGUGGGCGAAAAAGUCUGGCUGGACAGAAAAAACGUGGAACUUAGGACAAACUCCAACAAACUGGAUCCAAGACGUCUAGGACCGUUCGAAGUCACCGAAAAAAUCUCCAGUCACGCGUACCGCCUCAAGCUACCGGAAACUCUGAAAAUUCAUGACGUGUUCUACGUAGGAUUGUUAUCUAAGGUACACGAAUCCCCAAGCCAACCAUUCCCGGAACGACCUCCCCCUGAAACAAUAGAGGGAGAAGAGGAAUUUGAGGUAGAACAGAUCAUUGACUCAAAGAGGCAACGGGGAAAAUGGUUUUACCUAAUCAAGUGGAAAGGAUAUGGACCUGAGGACAACUCAUGGGAACCAGAGGAGCUACUUGAGCAUAGUCAGGAGGAGAUCAACCGCUUCAACAAGUCACGACUGAAAAAGGCUUGUGACUCCGCCAAGAGCCUUUAA